CACCGCCGUUAUAUUAACAGGAAAUUAUUCAUUAGCUUCUCGGUAUCGGAUAUCCGUUUACCGCCAUAUCGGAUGCUAGCAGUGAGUUAGAGUAACGAGUUAGAUCAGUAUCGUACGAGCCAUUAGAAGUAAAAAACAAACCGACAUGUCGAGUGACUUGGGAACUGUGCACUCUUGCGACCCAAACCUUAAUGGAAAUUCUCUUAAUCUUGGCAGACCGCCGGAUUUAAUGGAAGAGGUCCAAGAGGAUUCAAAUUAUAAUAGGAAUUCAUCAUCUCAACCUUUUAAUUCUCCACAGGAGCCUUCAAUUUCUCAUCUUGAUUCUUCUCUUCGCACUCAAAAGAUUCAGUACCCAGUCUCCUUCUUGGAUGUAGUAAAAGGAGAUUUAACUCCUCCCGGUAUUUGGACGGAAUCAGACUUUCUAACUAGUCUCAAUGGGGAUCUCGAUAAACUCGGAUUGGAAUCCGAUGAAGAUGCGGCAGACCCAUCUAUUCCAGUUGUUCGUAUUGAUCUUGAAACUAGAAAACGAAUUAGCCAACCUUGGACCAAGUGUAUUAUCGGCAAAGUAACGGGUAAAACGGUCAGUUACCGGUAUAUGCAGGAUCGAGCAAUCCAGAUGUGGAAGCUGGUUGAUAAGAUUCAAAUCUUGGACCUUGGUAAGGAUUUUUUUCUCUUCAAAUUCUCUAAUUUUCAAGAUCUUAAGACUGCUCUAUUUGGUGGACCUUGGUUUAUCAAUGGACAUUACCUUUCUUUGAGACGGUGGACACCGGAAUUCAAACCUUCAGAGGCAAAAUUCAGACAUUCUAUCAUUUGGGUUCGGUUGCCAGAACUGCCAAUUGAAUUUUUUGACAAGAGUAUCCUACAUGAAAUUGGAAAUGUAUUGGGGAAAACCAUGAAGAUUGAUGUUACAACAGAAAGUAUGACUAGAGGUAGAUUUGCUCGUCUAUGUAUCGAUAUUGACUUGGACCAGCCAUUGAAACCAAUUGUUCAGGUGGGUAGAUCUAAACAACGUGUUGAAUAUGAAAAUAUUACUAAUAUUUGUUUCAAAUGUGGUAAAAUAAAUUAUCGGGAAUCAACCUGCCCUCUAAUUAAGACUCCAAGUAGUGCUUUUGAUCCUCCUGUUGAUGUUGUUCUUGCUCAUGAGACUCUACCUACAAUGGAUUCUACUGGUUAUGGUCCAUGGAUGAUAGCUUCUGGUCGAAAACCUCGUCGCCGGAAUGAUUCUCAUGGACAACAAUUACAAGCCGGUCACCAAGGUAAUCAGUAUGUUAGUUAUAGCAGUUCUAAAAAGCACCAGGGGACGUCGACUGAAUUGGUUACUCCAAGCCAAAAUAAAUUCCAUUUGCUGGACGAUACCAGGGAUCUUGAGUCAAAUUUCAGCAGACAAACUGAGAGUCAACCUUCUUGUAAUCCUGUUCAGGUUUCAGGAGUGGAAAGGCCUCUUAAUCAUCAUGAUAAGUCAUCAUCAAGCAGCGAUAUGUCUCAGACUGCUGGGAAUGCUAGCCAACAGUGGCGAUUUAAGGCUGGUAAACCUAACAAAUCCAAGCAACUGACGCCUGUCAAUUCGGGAACUACGUAUACUGAUGAUUCUAGAUAUGAUAAAGCUGGGAAAACUUUUGAAUUUUCUUCCCAGAAGCCUUCAUCUCCGUCUCAGCAUCAUUCUGGUAAAUCACUUGAUUCUCCUCAACCUCUUUUUUCGCGUCUCACCACCACCCUUGGAGGGAAUAUGGAUUGUGAUAAAAUUGGGGACAAAGAAAAUUCUGCAACUGCUUCACACAAGGAGCCCCUACCUGUAUCUAACUCAAUAACCUUGGCAGCCCCUCCAACAAGAUCAUGUUCUACAGGCGCAAUGGCUAAAUUGCAGAAUAAAAUACAACUCAAAACUAUAGUUCGCGGACAACACAGCGGCAUUAUUCCUUCAUCUAAUGUUGAGCAAUCUAGUAAGCCUAAGCGGCCCAAGCGGUCUCUUGAGGACAGGGAUACUUUUUUACCAACAUUGAAUUUCCUCAACACUUGCUUAGAAAGAGUUCAAACCACUGAUAUGGACAGCAGUCAUAGAGAUGUAUCUACCGACCAACACAUCAAAGGUGCAACAGAAUCACCUGCCCCUGAAGUGAUUGCCUCGGGUACUGGGGAUGACAAUGUUCUUAACUGCCCAUGAAGAUUCUAACAUGGAAUUGCAGGGGUGCUGCUAAGGCCUCCUUCCCUAUGGUGGCUAGAGAUAUCAUUAGAUCUCGUCAUCCUACUGUUCUAGCAAUCCUUGAGACUCGCGUUUCGGGGGGGAUUUGGCUUAUGUGGAAUAAAGAAGACAUCGACAUUCAAGCAAUUUCAAGGUCUCGAUGGGCUAUACACGCUGUCAUUUCUCCUCCAGCUAUGAAUCCUUGGAUUCUUUCUGCGAUUUAUGCUAGUCCUAAUAAAAGUUUACGGAAACAUUUAGGCGGAGAUGCAAGCCAUAUCAAAUCUAGGUUGUUCUUAUGCGAUUGUGGGUAAUUACAAUACUAUUUCUCAUCCUCAUGAGAAGAAAGGAGGUGCUAUUGUUCACACUUCUCAGCUUAGUGAACUCAAUGAUGUCAUGAGUUCUUGUUGUCUUAUGGAUCUUGGAGCCUGUGGUCCGAAAUACACUUGGAAUAAUAAACAAAUUUGCGGAAGGAAUAUUCAGGAAAUCGGGUCAUGGUGAAUGCUGAUUGGCGCAUACAGUUCAGCGAGAGCAAGGUAUGUCAUCUUAGUUACUAUAAUUCUGAUCAUAGAGCUUUGUUAUUGGACCUCGACCCUCGUAAGCCUUUUAGGCGCAGACCCUUUAGAGUUGAGGCAAUAUGGAUGGAGGAUGACAGAUUUAAAGAAUUAGUCUCAAGGAUUUGGAGUCCUAAUUAUGCUAAUGAGCAUGCCACUCAAUCAGAUUUAUCGCCUUUCCCUUUAAUUCGUGUUAUGCAAUCAAGGUUAAUUUUUAAUGAAAUGUAAAACUAGUUUCAAUCUGAAUAUUAAUCUAAAAGAUAGUUUCCAUUGAUUAUUAAUCUAAAAGAUAGUUUCUCAUUAACUUAAAAAAUAAAAAUUACAUUUCACAUUUUAACUAAAAGAUUACGUUUAAACUACUCAUUUCCUUGUCCAUUUCCUCCCUGACCAAAGAUCCAAUUGCCUGUAUUUUCUGGAUCCAUAGAGUUGUUCAACAAAUCAGUUAUGGUGCCGGUUUGAGACUCACUUGGUGUUUGAGUCUCAUCAGAAUCACCAUAACCUUGAUAAUCAAUGGGUUGAGGGGGUAUGGGAACACGAUACAAAUCUUGAAAUACGUGUUGUUUAUGUUGUUGCUGGAAUGGUUGAAAUGCUGAUAAGGUUGAGGCAAUUGGGGUAUACAAAUUUGUUUGCCUAACUACUUCCAUGUUCACACCACCACCUGGAGUCAUUAUGUCAGUUUUCAAAUGACUAAACAUAUGUGUAUGAGUUGUUUCUUCACCACCACGUACUACUUAACUAUCUAACACCAUGUUUGGGGUUGAACUUUCUGGUACCUCCUUCAUAGGACGACGUCUUAAUCUUAUUUCACUUAUUUCACGACUUUGCCGAGUUCCACGAGUUUGCUGACUUCCACGACUUUGCUGAAUUCCACCUGGACUCAUUCCUCUACUAGCUCCUGUGAUACUGGGACUCAAAUGAGUCAUUCCUCUACCAGCUCCUGUAACACCGGGACUCAUUCCCCUACUACUACCUGAACCAUAAUUACCCUCAAGUCCUUGACUCAUCUCAAACAUCAUGCUUUCCCUCAAUUUUUACAUCUCAUCCAAGUGCAUACUCUGAAGUCCCUAAAAUAAAGCCUCAAAAUCGUUCAACCGGGUCUGAUACUGCAACUCUAUAGCAUUGACCCUGAAGUAUGGAUAUGUCCGAGUAGGUGCACUAGAAACAAUUGGAUA